GAGAGAGAGAGAGAGAGAGAGAGAGAGAUGGAGGUUGAGAGGAAGGAGUGGACAUUGGAGGAGUACGUCCAUGGCGGCGUGCCAACAUCCAGACAUCUGAAGCUCCGAACAUCGAGCAUGGUAGUUUCCAAAGACGACGUCCCAGAUGGCCACGUCCUCCUCCGCCUUCACUGGCUCUCCGUCGACCCUUACCUCCGAUCCCGGAUGGGCAGCCAAAGAGAUGGUCUCUAUUUCCCUCCGUUCGAGCUCCAUAAGCCUGUGACAACGUUUGGGAUAGGAGAGGUGUUGGAGACGAAGCACUCGAGCUUCGGCGUCGGAGAGAUGGUUCUGAACACGGUUGCACCGGUGACGGAGUAUUGCACUGUGCCUGCCCAUGCGCUUAGGAAGAUCGAACUUGAACCUGAUUCUGGAGUCUCUGCUCUGGACUAUCUUAGCGCUCUUGGAAUCCCAGGGUUUGCAGCAUGGAUAGGAAUAACGGUGAUCGGAGACCCGAAGCCGGGAGAGAACGUGUUCAUCUCCGCUGCAGCUGGAGGAGUCGGCAUUGUGGCCGGGCAGUUGGCCAAGUUGAAAGGUUGCAGAGUGGUCGGCAGUGUUGGUUCCGAUGCGAAGGUGAAGCUCCUGAAAGAGGAGAUAGGAUACGACGACGUGUUCAACUACAAUGUCGAGACUGAUUACGAUGCUGCCCUAAGCAAGUAUUUCCCUGAUGGUAUCGACAUCUACCUCGACAAUGUCGGAGGUAGGAUGCUCGAGGCCGUCCUUAACCACCUGAACACCCGCGCACGCAUCCCUCUCUGCGGGAUGAUCUCCCAAUACAACCAGGUUUGGACGGAGAGAUUCGGGGUGCGCAAUCUCUUGAAUAUGGUGGGAAAGGAGGCGAGGAUGGAGGGGUUCAUGCUGGAUUGGAACCGGUUCGGAGAGUUUGCGGAGGAAAUGGCGGGGUACAUCAAGCAGAGAAAGAUCGUUACGAAGCAUGAGAUCUACCGCGGCACGGAAAGCUUCCUAGAGAGCAUUCAAUCUCUGUUCGCGAGCUCGAACGCGGGAAAGGUCAUAAUUCAAGCGAGCGAGGACGCGAAAGCAUGA